UCCGCGAAUAUAGUUGCUACAAGGCAAAACUGAUAUACGCUGAUACAGUAGGUUUUGAUGUGUUCCAUAUAUCCAAAAUCCGUCCCAAAGUCCCGUUUCUCCGAGCAAAGAGCGAUAUUGUUCUCGCUCACUAGCGCUGGUGGCUGCGUUUUCUUCUGAGCCCGUCAGUCAGUCAGUCAGUGAAAAAAGGUUUGAUGGUGCAGAAAUGUACGGGAAGUGAAAAAUUCGACGUUUUUCUCCUCUGGGUUGAAGGACCAAUAGCAGAAAGAUACACACAGAAAAGGAGGAAAAUCUAUCAAUUUUGUGAUAUGUAUUAGGUAUCAUAAGUUUUUGGAUUGUGCGGGAGUGAUCAAUUUUUUUGUGGUGCAGUGCAACUUGGAUUCGUAGCGAGAAAUUUUCAUGGGGUACAAAUAGAUCUCGUGAAGAUUUGUGAGCCUGCAUAGCAAUGAUAUGAAGUGUCGAGUGUGAAGAAGGGGAAAAUAAUAAAAAGCAAAACUAGUGUGGAAUAUCGAUUUCGUUCAUCGUGCCUGAACCCCAAAUCUAGGAUAUAAGCAACACGCAUCUCCUUCAAAGCUGGAAACUGGGACUCCAAGGACGAGAAGAUGUUUACGGGUACACUACGUUUGAAAGUCUGUGAAGCCUGUGGCCUGAGGCCUACGGACUUCCAGACGCGACAUACGAUGACUUUCGGCAGACUCGGUGAUCAACUCAUCGAUCCGUAUGUCUCGAUAGAUGUCGACGAAAAGUUCAUAGACCGAUCCACGACAAAACCACGCACAUCCGAUCCAUUGUGGAAUGAAAGUUUUAUACAUGAAGUAGAGAACGCCAACGUGCUUGGUAUGACGAUAUUCCACGAGGGUCCGAUAACGGAUGUGUUCGUAGCCAACACGACAAUUCCAUUCGAAGAUUUAGUUACGCGGAAUGAAACCGACCAGCAAGACUUUUGGGUGGAUUUGGAGCCACAGGGCCGGUUGCACGUCAAAAUCGAUCUACGAUGGAACCAGGAAGCUAAUAGCAUGGCUUCACAGCAGCAGCAUGCAUGCCGUCGAACUGGUGUUAAAGACCAGCCAUUCUUGAACAGACGACGCGGUGCCAUGAGGAGACGCGUUCAUCAGGUCAAUGGACACAAAUUCAUGGCCACAUUUUUGCGCCAGCCAACGUUUUGUUCUCACUGUCGGGAGUUCAUAUGGGGAUUAGGCAAACAAGGCUAUCAAUGUCAAGUUUGCACAUGUGUGGUUCACAAAAGGUGCCAUAGUUCAGUUGUUACAAAAUGUCCAAAGAAAAAGGAUGAGACCAAACCUACGACGCAAGAUGUGGCCCAACGCUUCAAUGUAAAUAUACCACAUAGGUUUUCAGUGCACUCGUUCAAGCGGCUGACGUUCUGCGACCAUUGCGGCUCACUGCUGUACGGCAUCAUCAGACAGGGUCUCAAGUGCGAGGUGUGUAGUAUGAAUAUCCACCGGCGCUGCGAGGGCAACGUCGCGAAUAACUGCGGCAUCAACACGAAGCAGCUGGCUGAGUUGCUAAAUGAGAUGGGCAUCACUAUGGAUAAAACACCACCACGUAGAUCUAAGUAUUUAAAUCAAGCGCCUAGUGAUAACUCAUCCACCUCGGAACGCAGUGACGAGACCUCACUCGAUUCGUUCUCUACCAAGAGCGGCCAAGAUACGGACAGUCUGCUGUCACAGCCUGGUGCACUGCAGCAGCAUCAAGGCAAUCGGGCAACAUCAUCUAGUCAGCAACCGAAGCACAGUGCCGCUGCUGGUGUGACAUCUCAGGAGGAAGAUAGCAAUCGUACGGUAGGCGGUGGGCUGUCGUUUGGCAAAACGUGCCUGAAUGAUUUCAACUUCAUCAAGGUGCUCGGAAAGGGCUCCUUCGGUAAGGUUAUGCUGGCGGAGCGGAAAGGCACCGAUGAAGUGUACGCUAUCAAGGUCCUGAAAAAGGAUGUGAUUUUGCAAGACGAUGACGUGGACUGCACAAUGACCGAGAAGCGGAUUUUGGCUAUGGCAGCCAAACAUCCUUUCCUUACCGCGCUACAAUCGUGCUUCCAGACGCCGGAUCGAUUGUUCUUCGUGAUGGAGUAUGUUAACGGAGGUGACCUAAUGUUCCAGAUCCAGCGCGCGCGUAAGUUUGACGAACCACGGGCUGCAUUCUAUGCCGCUGAAGUUACGCUUGCACUGCAAUUUCUACACCGCAAUGGCGUAAUUUAUCGCGACUUGAAAUUAGAUAACAUUCUGCUGGAUGCCGAAGGUCAUUGCAAAUUAGCAGAUUUCGGCAUGUGUAAGGAGGGCAUCACUGGUGACAAUUUGACAUCAACAUUCUGUGGCACCCCCGAUUAUAUCGCCCCGGAGAUUUUACAAGAGCUGGAUUAUGGUCCCUCGGUCGACUGGUGGGCACUGGGAGUUCUCAUGUAUGAGAUGAUGGCGGGGCAACCACCUUUCGAAGCUGACAAUGAAGAUGAUCUGUUCGAAGCAAUUUUGCGGGACGAUGUGCUUUACCCGGUUUGGUUGUCACGUGAGGCAGUCUCGAUUUUGAAGGGAUUCAUGACGAAGAACGCCGCAAAGCGGCUAGGUUGCACUGAUGGUGAAAAUCAGAUUCGAACCCAUCCGUUCUUCAAGGACAUGGAUUGGGAUGCACUGGAGCAAAGGAAAGUACGACCUCCAUUCCGACCACGAGUGCGAAGUGCUCGUGAUGCCCUCAACUUUGACACAGAGUUUACCAAAGAGGAUCCAGUAUUAACCCCAGUGCCGAACGAUAUCAUCCGUUGUAUCAAUCAAGAAGAGUUCGCCGGUUUCUCCUUCAUGAAUCCCGAGUUCGGUCCGGAACGUAAGAUUGUUUGUUAAAAAAAGCAACCACAGAACGCAUACUAUACAUUGCGCGCUUACCGCUUAUAAGUGAUAAUACCAAAGAGUAAAACAAAACUAUGCACACAACACACACACAAAUAAGUGUCACUCCAUUGCAGGAGCAUUAGAGGAAAAGGAGCGAGAUUGUUAUAAGAAAUUUUAUAAUGACUUGCUAGUAAUUUUUUUUAUUACCAGUGCAGCAUACAAACGACCCCGAUACUGACGAAAUUGUAUUGAGAAGUAUUGCAAAGUGCUCGACAUGUUCUUACAUUGAGAUUUAGAGUUGACGAUGGAAGAGUUAUUGCUAAUGCCAGGAAACCAGUCGAUUUUAUAGCGUAGUUUCAUUGUAUUGUUUGAUAGCGUUAUUAAUACUAUCAAUUAGUUGAAGAAUCUGUUUAGAUUCUAGUACGUACUGGAUCAGUUGCCAUGAAUCGAGCAAAUGAUGGAACCAUUUGCUUUUAGAGUAAUUUUAGCGAGUCAAAAUAGCUUUAUUACGUUAACAAAAACUAUAUUAAAGCAGAGCUUUCGGUAGUGCAAUAUUUUACUGUUAAAUUAUUUUUAAUCUAUGGUUAUUUUAAUUUGUGCUUCUUUUUAGCAGUUGCAAAAUUAACUCGGUAUGUAUGUCCGCUUCCUCAAAUUAGGGUAAUCAUUUUGGUGUUCAGUUUUCGCGAUGGGAGACUUAAUUGUCUGUUCGAGUACUUAAAAAAGUCUGCCAAACAGUCACCGGGUUCACCGCACCACCCACAAUCAUUGCGAUCUCUCGAAUCCAUCUUGUGGUGCAUAAUAUAACAGUUCGGUGUACUUCGAUAUUCCUAAUGGCGGGUUUACACUAGGGAGAUCUAUAGCUAUAGAUUGAUUUAUUCACCUGAAAAUAGGUGUAAACGGGUGAGAAUAAAUAUGAUACACUUAUUCGAGGUAUAUAUAACUUGAAUAAAUUCAGCAUAUGAAAACGCUUGUGAAUUUCUCACUGGUGAGAAAUCACUAAAGUUGGAUGCAGUUCUACUUCAGGUGAAUAAAUUCACCUAAGAUAUGAAUAUAUUCAUUAUAGAAGUUCACGCUAGUGUAAACGGUUGAUGCGAUUUCUAUAAAUCUCAUCAUAUUCCAUCACAUGAAUAUAUCACUAGUCUAAACCCACCCUAAGGGUGAGUUUAGACUAGUGAUAUAUUCAUGUGAAGAAAUAUGAUGAGAUUUAUAGAAAUCGCAUCAACCGUUUACACUAGCGUGAACUUCUAUAAUGAAUAUAUUCAUAUUUUCGGUGAACUUAUUCACCUGAAGUAGAACUGCAUCCAACUUUAGUGAUUUCUCACCAGUGAGAAAUUCACAAGCGUUUACAUAUGCUGAAUUUAUUCAAGUUAUAUAUACCUCGAAUAAGUGUAUCAUAUUUAUUCUCACCCGUUUACACCUACUUUUACGUGAAUAAAUCCAUCUAUAGCUAUAGAUCUCCCUAAUGUAAACCCGCCAUAAGAAUGCCGUAUUGUUCAUUCUCUUGCGCUUUUUAUGCUAGUCAUUAGAAUCGUUUGUAGUAUCCCCUUUAGAUAAAUUAAAUUUUUAAUGAGUGAUUUAUAGUCGUACUAAACUUUUGAAAUGUUAUUAUUUGACAUUCUGAUAGCUAUAUGCCUAAUGUAUUCUUUUUCGUUGUCGUUAAGCAAGCUGGAAAGCUUUGUUGAAUCGCUGUUGAAAUAAAAAAAAGAGAAUUUCGUUAUUCGCUAUUCUUUGGCAGAUUUUUACCUAUAAAGAAUUUCCAUUCAACUAGUGAAGUUGAUUUCGGAUUCGAAUCACGAAUUUUAAAUUUAAACUAAUUUGCAAAGGUUUUGUAACGUAAUUUUAACAAUGUUUAGUACAAAUCGAUAUAUUAUAUAUUAAAUAUCCCGCUAACGAUCCCGGAAUUGCAUUGAUUGACAAAACAUGUACCAAAAUCACCACCAUUGAUUGCAUA